AUGUCCAAACCUACCUCUGCAAAGCAGCCCAGGAUUUCACAGAAAGCUGUAGUCUUGCAUGAAGAACGAGCAGAUAUUGCAGUUGAGCCUGCAUGCUCUAUAACUGUGCCAGAUUCUCCUACAAAAGCUGAAUUAAAGAUGGCGAUCACAAAUCUUAAAGAAAAACUGAGCAGCCUGAUGGAAGAGCGGACUGUCGUGCGGCGCAUAGAGGUCAUCAACGAUGAACUCACACAACAGCUGGACACUGCAAGCCGUGAUUUUCUGUGGUAUUCAUUGGCAUUAGAUGAGAGCACCGAUAAUGAAGACACCGCACAACUGCUCAUCUUUAUCCGUGGAACUGACAAUACUUUUACCAUCACAGAAGAAUUGUUAAGCAUGGAAUCAAUGAAAAAUACAACAACUGGUCAGGACUUGUUUGAGUGUGCAGUGGACUGUGUGGAAGAAAGAGGAUUGUCAUGGGAUAGGAUGGCCAGUAUCACCACACAUGGAGCCAAAUCAUUCACUGGCAAAAACAUAGGAAUGGUGAAACUUUCGAAAGACAAAUUAACAACUGAAAAUCCAGGCAGUGAUAUUUUAUCAUUCCACUGUAUUUUGCAUCAAGAAAGUUUGUGCAAAUCAGCAUUGGAUAUUAAGCACGUGAUUGAACCUGUGAUAAGUGUUGUGAAUAUUAUUAAAUUAAAAGCGCUCAACCACCGGCAGUUUAAGUCUCUGCUGGAGGAUAUGGAGACAGAAUAUGAAGACGUUCUUUACCACAACAAUGUUAGGUGGUUGAGUCUGGGCAAAGUGCUAAAAAGAGUCUGGGCAUUGAGGGAGGAAAUCUUUGUUUUCCUUGACAUGAAGGAAAUUUCUUGUGAAUUCAAAACCAAAACGGUGUGUGAAGAGUGA